GUGACCUUGAAUGCGGCAUGGUCGCCGUAUCGCGUUGAAGCCGUAGAGACACGAAGCUUCAAUCGCGACAUCCUUGAGCUUGCACAUCAACACUAAGGUACCUGAACGUCCGAUUACACAACACCGUCUUGCAUGCUGCCGCUGAAAAGGACAUUACCAGAAGACUUAUAGUCAUGGAGUUGAGCGCGGCACCGAAUGCAAACCACUGGAGCGCGAGACUGGUGACCAAACUUGGAGGAAAGCUUCGAUCGGAGAAGCACUACUCGCAAGAUGCCGCAGAAAAGAAACGCCGCAAGGACAGUUCGAAACUGCAAAAGCGAGGCCAUCAACGACCUGCGGUCCCAGAGGUCAAUGAAUUAGGAGAGCAGGAGUAUGCCAUCUUUGCAGAAAACCGAAGACCCGCCCGGAGGAAGGAACAGGAUCUGGGAGAGAUGAUGCAUGGUCUGGCCUAUCACGACGAUGAGGAAGAUGUCCCAGUCGAGGAGAAGCCAGCGGACUCGCACUUCUCGACCGACAAACGACGGAGACGCCGUGGCUACAUGGUCUCGCAACCUCACGAGCGCCGUGUUGCUUCCCUUCCCGAUGAACUUUGGAAGACUAUCGCAUUCUACUUGAACCCUGCAGAAGCUUGCCAACUCGCCCUCUCCUCCCAAACCCUCUACUCCAAGCUCGGUGUCUAUCCCUUCGAGCGCCUCAACCUCCCGUCUAAUAAGAACCAUAAAAUUGCCUUCCUCCACCAAUUCGACUCGCAGCUACCCAACCAUCUACUCUGCUUUCCGUGCCGCAAAUACCACCUUCGCCUGAACCCCGGCAAAGAAGUCCUCAAGAUGGACUACAUCAACAAUCCCAUCUUCCACUGCCCAAACGUCAAAUCCUCCGUCCUUCCUCGAACCCGCCUCACCUACGCCCGGACUCUACCAUACUCCUUCGUCCAGCUGGCCCUCCGUUCCCACCACUUCUCUCCUGCACACGGCAUCGACCCGGACUCCCUCUCUCGUCGCUGGAAGUGCAAAGACUCCGGCUGGACGCACGCCACUCGCUACACCAUCAACGACGAUCGACUUCUCCUCCGCGUCGUAUCUCAACGCUUUGCUCCACCAGCUUCAUCCCUCUCCGAGACUGCGGAACGUCACCUCCUAUACGACCGCGAGGAGUACGUUCCAUUCUUCUCCGUAUGCGCACACUGGCGAGACGGAGACCUCAUGAAAAUAUGCAAGUGUAUGCUCUCACACAUUCCGGCUCCACCAGAUCCCUAUCGGAAACAACUACAGCGUGGCUUUGUCCUGGAUCGGGCAGCGGCCAAGCCGGACUUUAUCGUCAGAGGGUGCGAUGAUUGCAGACCCGCGAGACGAUGUCCCGAGUGCCCGACCGAGUAUAUGGUCGAAGCACGACUGAUGGAAGACGAAAAGGACAGAGAGAAUCCCUUCAAACAUGCGAUUGUGGUGACAAGAUGGACGGACUUGGGCGACGGGAUGAAUCCGUACACGAGUCCGGAAUGGACGGCGAUUAAUGGCACGAAUACUAAUACUGGAGGCGAGGAUGGCGAUGCAGUGUACGACAGCUUUACGAACGUCGGCAGACGGGCGGUGGGAGGCAUCUUCGAGAGUCUUCCAUCUGCCGAUUACCACUGA